AUGGGACUAUCUAAAAUGGAAGAGAGCUCUGAAACUCCCAAGGACAGCCCUUCUCAGGACGAUAAGGCUGCCCCGGCAGGCUUUGCACCCAGAAUAUCAGAAGCUAUGGCUGAGUACUUGGUGAACACCAUUACUGGCACUGCCAAAAUGGUCCAGGCUUCUGUUGAAGCACAAAAGUCUGCUCAGCUGGCUUGUUUCCAUGCGGAGCAGUCCCUGGCUCAAGCCCGGCUGAGCUAUGUGGCGGCACGGGGCUUGUCUGAGCGACUUUUGGGAUUCUUGAGCCCUCCUGACUACCAAGGGCUCUUCCAGCUCCUGCCACAGCCCCCCAUACCAUAUUCCGAAUUCUGCACCAUCAUCCGACGUACAGAAAAUGUGCUUCUGCACCCGGUUCUCAAGUGCAAGCCGGGAUUUCCAGCCCGAAGGGAACCCAGCCCAGGCUCUGACUUCACCUGUCCACCAGACAUUGCAGAUGAUGGCCUUCAAGGGGGGAUUCAUGAUCUCCGGUGCUUUAGAUCCUCUUGUGUCAAUGAAAUGGAUGAGGACGGGACAGAUGAAGAGGAGAGUCGGUCUCUGCAGAUUCGAGGACGAAACCCCUCACGCCAUAAGCAAGUGGAGACUGUGCUUCUGGAGGAUCAGAUGGGGGGCACAUUUGUGACCCAGCGUCACCGUUCACCCCGGAGGUCCCCCUCAGCUGGCGUGGAGGGACUUUCUCCACUAGUAUCUGAGCAGGAGCUCAACAGCAUUCAGCCUCUGAUCUGUUGCCCCUCCCGCCAGGGUGGAUCAGGCAAGUUCCUGAGCAAAGUGACCCGACGCAAGGAUCAGCCUCAGCGAGAGAAUUCGGACAGUGACACUGACCAGUCAGAGACUUCGGCUAAGGAUACCUGAUCAACCUAGCUCCAGACCCAAUGUAUUGACAAGAGACAAUAAUAAACGCACAGCUUGAACACCGCUCCCAAUUCCCUCCAGGAUCUGGAGGGGAACAGGACUAUGCAUCGCUCACCCAUCUGAUCAGAGGUAGCCAACAUGGUGCCCUCCAGCUGUUGGUAGACUACAGCUGCCAUCAUCCCUGGCCAUUGGCCAUGUUGUCUGGGGCUGUUGGGAGUUGUAAUCCAACGACAUCUGAAAGGCACCAUGUUGGCAACCCCUGCAUGUAAUGUUCUGACAUAAUCACAGCAAGUGGGAGAAGGGAGGGCUGUUGCACAGCAUAUUGGGUUAAUUACCAAAAGAUGCAUCCUGGGUAAAAAUUAGGUCCCAUCCAUCAAGAGAUGGAAGAACCACUCAAGCCACUCAGGAUGCCACCUCUUCCAUAAAAUUAUCUAAAUAAAAAUGCAAAUGAAAGAA